GUUACACCUCGGGUGUGCAUUAUUUUUCUAAUAAUUCAACGGACCGAAGUCAAUUAUUCCGCUUAUACUACGGUUGCCACCCCUCAAGACAUCGAUCAGAUGAUAUAUUUCAAGGCAUUCGUCCAGUAUUUCUACUUAAAUCUCUAUUAGAAACUCCCGGUGAAGUGACUGAGAUCCAUAAAGAUGGCGUUUAUUAAAGAGGAGAGUGAAGACAUCAGGAUUGCAGAAGUUUUCAGCUUGAAGCAAGAAGAUACUGAGGAACAAACAGAGUUGAUUAAAGAAAAUGAGGACAAUGAAGAAUUGAGUGAAUUUGAGGGAAAAAAUCACUUCAAAACUGGAGAAAAACCUUUGAGUUGCUGUCAAAGCAAACAGAUCAUUUUAAGGGAAACGGGAACCAAGAAAUCUUUCACCUGCACUCAGUGUGGAAAGAGUUUGACAUGCAAACAUAGUCUUGAUGUUCACAUGAGAGUUCAUACUGGAGAGAAACCUUACAAGUGUUCACACUGCGACAAGAGAUUCAGUCUGUCAUCAAGUCUGAAAACACAUGAGAGGAUCCACACUGGAGAGAAGCCGCACACAUGUGAUCAGUGCGGGAAGAGUUUUGCACAAACAGGAAACCUUACGGACCACAUGAGAGUUCAUACUGGAGCGAAACCGUUCACUUGUGAUCAGUGCGGGAAGAGUUUCACACGAUCAUCAACCCUUAAGCAUCACAUGAACAUCCACACUAGAGAGAAACUGUACACAUGUGAUCAAUGUGGGAAAACAUUUUUGAGAGCUUCAAACCUGACGACUCACAUGAGAGUUCAUACAAAGGAGAAGCCACAUUCAUGUCAUGUGUGUGGAAAGAGUUUUUCACGUCUAGAUCAUUUGACAGAACAUCAGAAAAUACACACUGGUGUGAGAGAGUACGUGUGCUUUGAGUGUGGGAAGACUUUUACUUCAGUGGGCUGUUUAAAACAACAUGAGAUGAUUCACACUGGAGAGAAACCUUACAAGUGUUCACACUGUGACAAGAGAUUCAGUAAGUCAGCAAAUCUGAAAACACAUGAGAGGAUUCACACUGGAGAGAAGCCACAUACAUGUGAUCAGUGCGGGAAGAGUUUUGCACAAACAGGAAACCUUGCGGACCACAUGAGAGUUCAUACUGGAGCGAAACCGUUCACUUGUGAUCAGUGCGGGAAGAGUUUCACACGAUCAUCAACCCUUGAGCAUCACAUGAACAUCCACACUAGAGAGAAACUGUACACAUGUGAUCAAUGCGGGAAAACAUUUUUGAGAGCUUCAAACCUGACGAAUCACAUGAGAGUUCAUACAGAGGAGAAGCCACAUUCAUGUCAUGUGUGUGGAAAGAGUUUUUCACGUCUAGAUCAUUUGAAAGUACAUCAGAAAAUACACACUGGUGUGAGAGAGUACGUGUGCUUUGAGUGUGGGAAGACUUUUACUUCAGCAAGCUGUUUAAAACAGCAUGAGAUGAUUCACACUGGAGAGAAACCUUACAAGUGUUCACACUGCGACCAGAGAUUCAGUAAGUCAGCAAAUCUGAAAACACAUGAGAGGAUUCACACUGGAGAGAAACCUUACACGUGUUCACACUGUGACAAGAGAUUCAGUCAGUCAUCACAUCUGAAAACACAUGAGAGGAUUCACACUGGAGAGAAACCGUAUCACUGCACUGCAUGUGGGAAGUGUUUCAAUAAUUCUUCUGCUCUACACAGUCAUACACACAACUAUCACAGUAAAGUAGAUCAUCUUCAGAUCCAGCACUUUCAGGUCUGAUUUGUCAUCACCAAAUGUGACAAUAAUGUAUCAAGCAGUAAAAUAUCAUCUGGAUAAAUCUGUUCUAACCAGACAUUACAAGCGACAUGACAAAGAAACAUUAUCUAAAGUUUUCACAGUGAAUAAAGUUCAUCUUCAAAACCAGCAGAUUCAACUGAGAUUCAGAUCAACUCAAAGAUGGAGUUCCUCCCCAAAGAACAAUGUCAGAAAGUUUAAUUCUUGUAUGUCAUCUUAUUUCAUGAUAUAAAUCAUAUCAUUGUGCUUUCUUAUGGGUUUCAUAUCGUUCGAUUGUCUUAUAAUGCAUAUGUGUCACUUGUAGUUGUUACUCUUUCAUGAAGGAAAGCAGAAGUUUUUACAAACUGUCCUUGUUCGGGAAGAUGAAGAAGAGACUGUAACAAUUUUAAGAGAGACUGAGAUUGAUUUUGAAUUUUGUUCUUUAGUGGUGUUUUAAAAAUGACUAGUUAUUCUUCCACUUAUGAUGUAUUUAGGAAGUGAAAGCUUCAGUCAUUCAUUCACACUAACAGCUCUGGCCAAUCACUGCUUGACAGCUGGAGUAUAUAAGCACUGAACUCUCAGUUGAUGGCGCUGACGUUCCCUACUUUGUCAGGGAAACUGUCCCUUAACUUUAGUCCGACUUUUCAUAAAAUUACUGAUAUAAUUUAAAUGUAAACUUAUGUGAACGAUUGCGUAAAUGUAUUUAUUAAGACAUGGCUGCAUGGUGACUGUAACUUGCUGCAUGAUGUAGCUUUAACUGAUCUAAACCCAAAUACCGAGUGGUAUCUGACAAUCAGAGGUGGACAGUAACGAAGUAAAUUUGCUUGAGUAUUGUACUUAAGUACACUUUUUGAGUAUCUGUACUUUACUCGAGUAUUAUUUUUUCAAGAAACUUGCGACUUUAACUUCACUACAUUUGAAAGACAAAUAUCGUACUUUUUACUCAACUACAUUUAUAUCAAGGUCCCCAAGUAGAAAGUCAUUACAUGUAGCAGUUUUUACAAUGAGUGCAUUUUCAGAUUCACUGAACCCUUUUUUUCUGCGAAAAUCCGGCCUGCGAUCUGCCAGGACCUUCCUGUGUUGCCAAGUGUUACAGUAUUUCUAAGCCUGCAGUUUUCCGCCUAGCUUUGAAUGGACAUUUGGCUGAUAUUUUUUACGCAAAUCUGGCAACCUCGGGAUCUUCCCCGCUAAACUAAUGUAAACGUCUGUGCUACUGCACAGCUAAAAGCGCUCUAAAAAGGCAUGUGUUAACUCAUUAAAGCCCUUUGGAAAAUUAACCAUGUUUUUAUUAUAGUAACCAUAACUAUGGUAUUUGCAGUAAAAUCACAGUAUCCACAAAUUUACUAUUAUCUCACUAUAUUAACCUAUAGUUUUUUUUCUUUUCAAUGUUUGCUUUGUUUGCCUAAAGUGAACCAUAUCAUAGACUUCAAUAUCUCUUUGAAAAAGAACUUUGUGACUUUUAAACAAGUAUUACAAUGAGUUCAAUGUAGCUGUAGGAGUGUUAGAUAAAAAUAAAGAUGAUUAUCUUCA